AUGGUCAGGUUCAAGCGCCUCUUCUGUUUCUUCGAGCUGCCAACAUCCCUGCCGGUUGCCGUGAAUGCCGGCCGCCAGCAAAGAAGCGUAGCUUCAAAGAUGAAAGCCAACAUGCUACCACGCUGUCGUUGCCGCACUUUCCAGGCAGCUUCAGGAGGAUUCAUGCAGUUCUCGCAGGACAUUCAGCCCAGCCUCUCCCUGAUCGUGGAUGAUGCCUUCAUCCAACAUAUGACGCUUGACGCCUUCCUGUUGGAGGAAGCGGCAUAUCAGGCCAACGGUGGCCACUGUUUGCCCCCCAUCGGCCUGGACGCAAUGGUUGCAGAGACCGCAGCAAGCUACAUCCAACGUUCGGCACCAGUUCCUCUGAAGCCGGUCUCUGUCCUGCCGAGCCCGGUGAACGGUGCCACGCAUUUUGUGUCCAUUGCAGAGGAUGAGACUCAAUCGCUGGGAAUUGGGUCGAAGUAUGUUCUCUGCUACGUGGGCUCGUCCUCAGACACGACUCGGGUCUUCAACCAAGUUGGCCGCAGUUUGAGCAUGAUGGACAUCAUUCUGUCUUUGGACAAGGAGCAGAGGCCACUGGGAGAUGAGGCAGCCACAUCCCAGGAGAUCAAUGCCAUGGUUCAGGCAUCCCUGACUGGCAGCGUCAGCUGCAUUGCCACAACUCGCACGUUCGACCGGGCAUUGAUCGCUGCGGAGCUUGUGGGCGAUUAUGCGACCAGCAUGCCGCCGGACUUCGUGCCCGUCUUCCAGGAAGCUCAAGUGCUGGGCAGAGCCCUGGAUGUACCAGUGCCCUGGACUUCAAAGGUUCAUGCCGUCCGGAUCGAAGCUAGCCCACAGAGCGCCGCAAACAUUCAGCGGAUGCCGCUGGGGGUGGCGCCGCAGGUAUUUGUGUGGUGCAAGCACUCUAAGUCCCUCGUGGUAUUCCCAGAGGACGGCGAUGGCAUUGCGAUCAGUUUGGGUGUUCUUGCUGCACCCAACUUUGGCUACGUGUCAUUGGGCAGCCCUUUGACACAGGUGGUGCUGGCCCGCAGCGUGUCAUUCCCGACACUUUCCGUACUUUGGUCACAGUCUGGCUUCCCUGCGUAUUACUACGACGAGGUGGCCUUCACCAUCACACCAACACUUCCGGAUGGUAUCCUGAUUAGUGAUCAAGAUGGGGGUAUUAAAGCAGACCCUCUACCUCUGCAGCUUCUGCCUGCAGCAGACUUCGUGGUCAAGGCUCAAAGCAAGUUCGACGUGCUGCAGGCCACGAGCACCACUUUGAAGCUGGCAGUGGAGGAGCCAGCCCAAUGUGGUCUCUCCAGCAUCAAGAGCACGGAGGCCAUGGUGACCUGCAUCAUUCAUGACGCCAGCAACAUGAAGGUCGAGGCCAUCUACCUCCAAAUCGUCCUCAAGACUGGAGAAGCCUUGGAUCUAUUGCCAACUUCGUUCUCAUGCAGCGGUGUUGCGACGGAUCCUGGAUCAGCAGGCAUGACAGACUUCAAUUGCCAGAAGGUAGGCGCUGACCAGUGCUGCUGCUGGUUGUGGGUUGGGCAGUCCAACACACCGACCGUGUUCAACACAAGCAGGUUGAAGGCAGGGAAGAUUCUCAACUCUGCCUGCGACUUGCAGAGUUACCAGCGGUAUGACGUGCUUACCAUGGCCACUGGAGUGAACCUCAUGUCU